AUGGCUUUCGGCGGUGCCGUCCUUCGCUUCGGCCAAACGGGCCUGCGACUUCUGGAGUUUGCGUCUUCGGCCAUUAUUCUCGGUAUCUACAGCUACUUCCUAGCGGUCCUGGCCGACAAGAACAUUCAUAUACCCAGAUGGGAGAAGGCCGUUGAAGGCAUGGCUGGAGCGGCCGUCCUGUACACUAUCUUCGGCGUCCUCUUUACCUUGUGCCUGGGAGGCAUCUCUUUCUUCGCCCUGCUUGCCGUCAUCCUCGAUAUCUGCUUUGUUGGUUGCUUUGCCGCCAUCGCCUACUACACGCGUCACGGCGCCAACUCAUGCAAGGGCUUUGUCAACACGCCUUUGGGUGUCGGUCUCUCCAACCAAGCUGCUCCCGGUGCGGGUGAUUGGGGCUAUGUCUGCAGCCUGAACACUGCCUGCUUCGCCAUGGCCAUCUUGAACAUCUUCCUGUUCCUGAUCACCGCGGGCUUACAAGUGCUGCUGGCUCGUCACCACAAGAAGGAGAAGCGUUUCGGCCCUAGCCCUGCGAACAACUACACCAAGGGUUUCGGUCGUCGACCAUUCUGGAAGCGCAUUCGUGCGACUCGAACCACCCGCGACGCGGAGAUGGCGACAGGGACAACCACCGCAGGUACUUACCGCCCCAGCCACGAGACUGGUAUGACCGGAUCGACGAUGCACGGUGGUCAUGCGCCUGUUAGCUCAGAGCCGAAGUAUGGUCAGCCAGGAUACGGGAUGCAAGGCUACACGGCUCCCGCGACCAAUUAUUAG